AUGACAAGCACAAUCCCAAAGAAGCAUGUUUUCCUGUGGACAGCUUUUAGAUCCUGUUCAUCUGCGUUUGAGCGUUCGAUUUUGACUUUACCCCGCAUGCGGUUGAUGUCAGAACCGUUUUCUGCUUCGUUUUACUUUGGACCUCAGAGACAAAGCUGUCGCUAUGAAUCAAAAGAGGCUGAUUCCAAAGCGAGUUACGAAAACGUUGCCAGGGAAAUUCUGAAUCAAGCUAAUGACGAUAACAUUGAUUUGCUUUUUGUCAAGGAUAUGGCUUGUUACAUGAAAGGAAGAUUGGGUUUUUUAAAGGAAUUUUUUGAAGACACGAAACAUUCUUUUCUUAUUCGAAAUCCAAAGAAGUCGAUUCCUUCCCAGUAUCGCGCUAGUGAAAAUCCAGAAAUCCAAGAUUCCAACUGA